GAUUUGAUGAUACUGAAAAUGAGGAAAAGAUUAAAAAUGCUAUAAAAAAAGGAUUUGAUGAUACUGAAAACUAUUUUAAAGCACUUGACGUUAAGGGUAUAAAAGGAAACAAAGUUCGAAUGUCCGGUACAACGGCACUAACGGUUAUGAUGACGCCUAAAAAGAAUUUAUAUAUUGCAUUUGCUGGAGACUCUUCUGUAUUUAUUAUGUCAUCGAAUAAAUCAAAAAAGAUUAAUAUAGAACAUAAUUGUCACAAUAAAAAUGAAUUAUCGAGACUUAGAUCUCAAAGACAAAAGGGUUUUAUGUAUACUAUAAAAGCACGUUCGGUAAAAGAUGAUUUAUCUAAUGAAAUACAAUAUACUCGCUCAUUAAGUGAUUUUUAUAUUAAAAGCUUUUUUUCAGAGGGUCUAAUUGUUUCAGUACCAUUAUCAACAAUACCAACUGGAUAUUACGAUGAAGACUCUGCAAUGAAUUUUUCUAUUUCUGAUGAUGAUGAUUUUGACUGA